AUGCCGUCUCUCCGCUGGCGAGUAGCGGCCAAACGAGUGCGAAUUGAAUAUCCAUCUGACCUGACGAUCAUUGGCAUGGACGGUGGUUUACGCAUCGGUUUACCGACUCCCGACCUAGAAGACGAGGAGUGGGAAGUUGAGGUCAAUGAUGAGAAGACAAUUCGAAAGGUCCAAUACUAUCGAGUCAAAUGGAAAGACUGGCCGUCGGAUGAUAAUGAGCAAAUAUCCGAAGGAGAUAUGACCAACGCGCGGCAAGCGAUCCAAAAAUUCGAAAAGACGCAAAAAGGCCAACGGCCUCAAUAA